UGUCGGCUGAGCUGUUGUUAUUUUGCGUCGAACUUUCGAAGUGAGCGGACGUGUGUAUGCGGCGUGAGAAGAAAAUCGUCGCGUAUUUGGCAGCAACGAAAACAAUAAUCAAAGUGAAUCCGACUGUGAGUGGGUGUGUGUUUUAGUGUUUAGUGCUAGCCGCAAUGAUUGUGUCGAAGAAAUCAAGGGCUCGGCAUGUAAAAUCCACGACUUGGCAAAUGGCGCAUCGAAGUGUGCUCAACCUGUGCCGCAUAACGGGCCGUCGACGCUGCGGCAGACGUGCGGUCAGUUGUUAUCAUUUCUUCAGGCACAGCCGCGGCUUCUUCUGGUUCAUUCUCUGCAAUUUAUUGCUCACGCCAAACAACAGUGACGCCCAGCUGCUGAUAAAUGUACAAAACCAGGGUGGCGAAGUGAUACAGGAGAGCAUUACGUCCAAUAUUGGCGAGGAUUUGAUUACCCUGGAGUUUCAGAAGACAGACGGCACUCUCAUCACGCAGCUCAUCGACUUUCGCAAUGAGGUUCAAAUCCUCAAGGCUUUGGUGCUGGGCGAGGAGGAGCGCGGCCAGAGCCAGUAUCAGGUGAUGUGCUUCGCCACAAAAUUCAACAAGGGCGACUUCAUCUCCUCGGACGCCAUGGCGAAGCUGCGCCAGAAGAAUCCACACACGAUUCGCACGCCCGAGGAGGACAAAGGUCGCGAGACCUACACGAUGAGCGGCUGGGUCCAGCUGAACCGCUCGCUGCCCAUCACACGGCACCUGCAGACGCUGUGCGCCGAGGCCACCGAUGCCACCUACGUGCGGGACGUGGACCUGAAGGCGUGGGCGGAGCUGCCAGGCUCCUCGAUUUCGAGCCUGGAGGCAGCGACCGAAAAAUUCCCGGACGCCCUUUCCACGCGCUGCAACGAGGUGAGCAGCCUGUGGGCGCCCUGCCUCUGUACGCUGGAGACCUGCAUCGGCUGGUAUCCGUGCGGGCUGAAGUACUGCAAGGGCAAGAGCCUGGGCAGCGACACAUCCGGCGCCCAGGCGCAGCAGCAGCAGCAAACGAAUUAUCGCUGCGGCAUCAAGACCUGCCGCAAGUGCACACAGUUCACCUAUUAUGUGCGACAGAAGCAGCAGUGCCUCUGGGAUGAAUGACGACGCGGCGAGCUGCAGAUGCUGCAGAUGCAGAUGCAGAUGCGCUGCGCCCGGCAGGCUGCGACAGCGGCGGCGGCGUGCGAUGCGGCAGCAACAGAAACAACAGCAAAGACAAUAACAGCAGCAACAGCAACAGCAACAAAAACUAAAGCGACAGCAACAGCAACAGCAACAACAACGACGAGCAGAGUGACAACGACCAACAAAUUACGCCAACUGCUUUUGUUGGUGCAACAACAGAUGCCUUUUGCACUGUGGAGCUUUCCGGUCCAUCACAUUUCCCAUCAUCAUCCAGCACACACAGAGACAGAUACACAUACACACAUACAUACGAGUUGUACUGUCUGAAUUGUGCUCAUAACAAAAAAGGAACUUUAACUUUCUAUAUAAGUUUAGUUUAUAACUGUUCUAUAUACUAUAUAUAUAUAUAUAGGAAUACUAACCACAACGACUGCCGCAAAUGCUUUUUAUAUAGUAUAAAGACGAGAAAAAUAAAAAAGAAGAGAAAAACCCCAAUGAAAUGGCUGUUCAUAAUCUAAAAUUUUCCAAUUGACUCCUUUCUCCUCUAGACUUUUUCCAUUUAGAACGCCCUGCCUUUAACUCGAAAAAUUUAUUCUUAUUAAUUUCGUAU